AUGAAGAUAGCCGGCAGACGAUACCGAGCAUCUGAAUCUGCUCUUGAGGAUUAUCGACGAGGAGGUAUGGACGACAUUGGCAUGGAAGUCAACGUUCUAAUAUGUAUUCGUCAAAUAAUCGAAUCAAAUUUAACAGAUCGUUUCUCUGAAUUGAUUGAACACAAACUACCAGUUAUAAAUAGCCGGAUGGUUGGCAGUAUUAUCGAUGCGGUACAAAGCGAAAACGUUGCCAAAUCAACUGAUGAUGCUGUCACGACGAAAGACAAUUUGAUUGCAGAAUUAAGAUAG